GGCUCGAGGGGCGGGGCCUGCGGCCCGAAGUGAGGGACCCCCGGCGCCCGGCGGACCGCAGCGAGGGCCAGUGAGCCGGCCAGCGUGGAGCGUUCGCUGGGCGAGGAGUCGCGCGCUGAGCUGCCGCCGCCCUCAGACCCCGGUCUGCCUGGGGCUCCGCGCCAGGAGGCGGCAGCCAGGCUGAGUUCCAGCCCAUCAAACCGGUGGUGCCCCCGACGGCAACCAGCUCGGUAAAGGAUCGGAGGAGAAGGACUUGGAAGAAGGGCGGCCUCCCUGGGAACCCGGCAAUGGCGCUCGACUUCCUGGCUGGAUGCGCUGGGGGUGUGGCAGGCGUGCUGGUGGGACACCCGUUUGACACGGUCAAGGUGCGGCUUCAGGUCCAGAGCAUGGAAAAGCCGCAGUACCGAGGGACCUGGCACUGCUUCCAGUCUAUCAUCAAGCAGGAGAGUGUGCUGGGCCUGUACAAGGGCCUGGGCUCCCCGCUCAUGGGUCUCACUUUCAUCAACGCGCUGGUGUUUGGCGUGCAAGGCAACACCCUGAGGGCUCUGGGCCGCGACUCGCCGCUGAACCAGUUCCUGGCGGGCUCGGCGGCAGGCGCCAUCCAGUGCGUCAUCUGCUGCCCCAUGGAGCUGGCCAAGACACGGCUGCAGCUGCAGGACGCGGGCCCAGCCCGCACUUACCGGGGCUCCCUGGACUGCCUGGUGCAGAUCUACCGGUGCGAAGGCCUGCGUGGCGUCAACCGGGGCAUGGUGUCCACGCUGCUGCGUGAGACGCCCAGCUUCGGCGUCUACUUCCUCACCUAUGACGUGCUGACGCGCGCGCUGGGCUGCGAGCCGGGCGACCGGCUGCUGGUGCCCAAGCUGCUGCUGGCAGGCGGCACGUCGGGCAUCAUGUCCUGGCUCUCCACCUACCCCAUGGAUGUGGUCAAGUCGCGGCUGCAGGCCGACGGGCUGCGGGGCGCCCCGCGCUACGGGGGCAUCCUCGACUGCAUGCGCCAGAGCUACCAGGCCGAAGGCUGGCGCGUCUUCACGCGCGGGCUGGCCUCCACGCUGCUGCGCGCCUUCCCGGUCAACGCCGCCACCUUCGCCACCGUCACCGUCGUGCUCACCUAUGCCCGUGGCGAGGAGGACCUGCCGGAGGAUGAGACCGUGCCUGCCACCUCGUCUGCCCCCGCGGGGCCCGCGUUGACUCAGCCCUCCAGCCUGUGACGCCAGGCCCCCAGCGAAUAAGGCGCGACCUCCCCAGGGCCGCUUUUCAAAAACCCAGCAUAGAUAUAGGUUGGCUCCCCAGCCGAUCAGCCUGCCCAGACGCCCAGAAACUGGGCUGGGGACUCCAUCAGAACUGGGUGGAAUUCCACUAUCAGUUGGGUGACCUGGACCACGAACUUCACUUCCUCAGUUUUCUCAGCUGUUACAUGGGGACCUUCAUACCCACAUUGCUCAGUCAGGAAGGUCAGGUAAUGCCUGUGCAGCACCUGGCUCUGUUACGUGGAGGCUUCCAGAAACCCAGCCGACACUCCAUCCCUUCCUGGGAUCCUGCCCACCAUCACCAUGGGGCCUCUGAUGACCCACUGAUGGGCUGUUGCCCAGUGCCUCGCUGCACAUCCUCUGCCUGGCAGAGCUCCAGGGACACUCCUUGGCCACCUGUCCAGUCUCUGUGUUGGGGACAGAGAGGCAGCUCCAGAUACCUCCUGGUGUCAUAGAACGGACUCCUCUGCCGAUGCACCGUAGCUUCUCCAUAAUGCACUGCUGGGAAUACCCCUACCACUGCCACUCCCGCUGGAGGAUGACCUGGGGGCCCACCAAGAGCAUGGGGCUGGCGGAGGUUCCAUAUCCUCCUGGAGACGGGUCGGGGAGCAGGACCGGCCGGUGGGAGGAGGUCUCAACAGUUACAUAGGGAACAGUCUUGUACCCUCUGGUCCUCAGGCUGUCCGUCUGUAAAAUGGGGACAUGGGUCAGCUGAUAUCCCAGUCAGGGUUCCCCAAAGUGUGCAGAAGGGUCAGCAGAUAGUAUGGAGUCCCAGUCCCCAGCAAAUGGUGUCUUCCUGGGGCAAUUGCAGUGCCUGGUUUCCUGUGAGGCCGUGAAGGGGCUUGUUAGUGGGCACAAGUGCGGCCACUUGGGGCCCCUCCAGGCUGAGGGGGAUCUGAGCCCAUGCUCUGGAGCUGUCACUAGAAGCCGGGGCUGUGGUGCGAGCUUGGGGUAGCCGGGGCACAUCCCAUACAGUGUGGUCAUGUGAUUGGAUGGGGAGGUGGAUGGUUCUGCACGGGAUGGAGGUGGCUGUGGCCUCCUUUACCCUGAACGGGGGAGCUCAGCCUCUUGGGCAAUGUGACAGGCUCUCCUAGGAGGCAGCCUGUGGUCAAGGAAGGCAAGACCCCAACCCUGUACACGCGGUGUCGUUGUACAGAAACACCAAGGGAAUAAAAGAUUCUUUUUUAAAUAUA